AUGUCAGAGCAGAAACAAAUCCACGUCGCCAUCGUGGGCGGCGGGAUCGGAGGAGUCCUCUUAGGAAUAGCACUCUCCAAGUUCCAGCACAUCACAUAUACCAUCUUCGAGUCGCGAGGCGCAUUCGGCGAGAUCGGGGCCGGCGUGGCCUUCUUCAAGAACGGCCACACCGCGAUGCGCCUGAUCGACCCGCGCAUCUGGGAGAGCUACCUCGAGAUAGCGUCCUUCAACGGCUGGGACGACAAGCAGGGCGUGUGGUUCGACUUUGUGCGCGGCGAGAGGGGCGAGGCCGAGGGCAGGCGGAUCAUCGAGGUGCAGCUCGACGACCCGAGGGGGCUGAGCCAGGUGCACCGCGCGAGCCUGCUCGACGCCCUGGUGAGGCUGCUUCCGGCCGGCGUGACCAAGUUCAACAGGCGGCUGGUGUCGGUGGACCAGGGCGGUGAGAAUGCGGUCUGCCAUUUCGCGGAUGGGAGCCGGCGCGAGGCUGACCUGGUCGUCGGGUGCGACGGCAUCUGGUCUGCGUGUCGGCCGCUGGUGAUCGACGACCCGGAGCUGGCCUCUCCGAGGUUCACGAGGAAGGUUGCGUACCGCGGCCUCGUGCCCAUGGAGGCUGCCGAGGAGGUCCUGGGCCGUGAACAUGCGAACAACAGGACUAUGUACCUCGGCCGCGGUGGGCAUGUUCUGACGUUUCCAGUGGCCAGUGGAACCCUGAUGAAUGCUGUCGCUUUUCACGAAAGCGAGAAGGACUCGUGGGAGGGCGAUUCUGUUCAGAAGCUACAGAUGGAGAAGGCUCGACGGGACUUCAGUGAGUCCCUGUGGGGGUCAUACGUGGUGAAUAUAGUGAAGAUGUUUGGGCCAUAUUUGAGCACCCGCCGGUAA